UAACGGUGCCUAGACCCGUCAACCUCUUCUCCUUUUCACCGUCUCUCUCAGCCGAGCUUCCUCCUCUCUACUCUUCCGUCUUCAGUUCAGUCUCUCUCUCCCUCCCUCUCUCCCGCUCUCUCUCCCGCCUAUUUAAAUCCUCUGUUCGUUGUCGAAAUGAUCUAUCAAUCACAAGCCUUUCUCGCAUCUCAAUCUCCCAAACCCGUCCCAUUCACUUCACUUUCUCUCCAUUCCUCUUCCUCCCCAAACAACACCAGCAGCAGAAGCAAUUUCAGCAUUCUCUCGUUUCAAUCCCUAAGAAAUCCCUCAACCUUUUCUCUCAAAACGAAAAUCUCCUCCAGCAUGACCUCCAAUUCGAAGACGUCCAAUCACACUGACGCAGUCCAUUCAGUGCCAGAAGACGCAGACCUUGAUGGCUUCGCCAAAGUCGCUAACCUGCUCGCAGAUGCUGCUGGCGAUGUUAUUCGCAAGUAUUUUAGGAAAAAAAUUGACAUUCUUGAAAAGGAAGAUUUGAGUCCGGUUACGAUAGCAGAUAAAGCGGCGGAGGAAGCUAUGGUCUCGAUAAUAUUACAAAAUUUCCCUUCUCAUGCUAUUUAUGGGGAGGAGAAUGGGUGGCAAUGCAAAGAGAAGUUCUCAGAUUAUGUCUGGGUUUUAGAUCCAAUAGACGGCACAAAGAGCUUCAUCACUGGCAAGCCAUUGUUUGGUACUCUCAUUGCUCUACUACACAUGGGUAAACCGAUCAUUGGCAUAGUUGAUCAGCCUAUUUUAAGAGAGAGAUGGGUUGGGUUAACUGGAAGGAGAACAAUAUUAAAUGGAGAAGACGUCUCCACACGCAGUUGUGCAAAAUUGUCACAAGCAUAUUUGUAUACAACAAGCCCACAUUUGUUCAGUGGAGAGGCCGAAGAGGCAUUUGGUCGUGUUAGAAGUAAGGUGAAAGUGCCAUUGUAUGGCUGUGAUUGCUAUGCUUAUGCCCUUUUGGCUUCAGGGUAUGUGGAUCUCGUAAUCGAGUCUGGUCUCAAGCCAUACGAUUUUCUUUCACUCAUACCUGUGAUAGAAGGUGCUGGAGGUGUUAUAACUGAUUGGAAAGGACAUCAACUUAGCUGGGAGGCCUCUGCAGAUUCCAGCGCGACUAGUUUUAAUGUAGCUGCUGCUGGAGACAAACAAAUUCACCAACAAGCUCUGGAUGCGUUACAAUGGACUUGAAGGUCCGCAUUGGCUCGAUGCUGCUUAUAAGAAUGGUACAAUAUGCCAAUUUCUUUUCCUUAUCUGAGAGCCAAAUAUGACUUGCAUAGAAAUAGGUCACUUGAUAGGAGUGAGAGAGUGACAGUUAUGGAUUAACUAAAGAACCAGAUUCCUCUCCUCAAGUAUAAUGCACAAGAAGCUGUAGCCAAAUUGUUUUAAUAAGUUAAAAUUUUCCUAAUUGUUUCUUUAUGAGCUAAUAUAUAAUAAAAAAGCCUAUUGAAGACUUGAA